AUGAGGAACUACUUGAAGAAUCAAGUAAGGUAUGGAUUCUUAGGUUUGACUAACCAAUUGGACGGUGAUCCAAGGACAUACGAAGAAGCGAUAUCUGACAUCGACUUGGAUAAGUGGCUUGUGGCCAUGAAAUCUGAAAUGGACUCGAUGGGUUCAAAUCAAGUUUGGACCCUCAUGGACCCACCUAAAGGUGUUAAGCCAGUAGGUUGCAAAUGGGUAUCCAAACAUAAGCUUGGAGCUAACAGGGAGGUUACUACCUUCAAGGUCAGGCUCGUGGCAAAAGGAUACACUCAAAGACCCGGGGUCGACUUUGUCGGAACCUAUUCGCCUGUGGCCAUGGCCAAGUCCAUUCGGAUACCGCUCGCUAUUGCAGCUUGGUAUGACUAUGAAAUAUGGUAG